UUCCCCUCACUAAGCUUCGACCUCACACUAGCUAACCAGGUAGUGCCCAGAGCAUCAGCUCACACCAUCUUCGUCUUCCUCUCGCCUACCAACUACCAAAUCCCACCCAAGGACCCCUCUUUGGCCCAAAAGAACACUUACAGGCCGAUGGCCGCCUGCUCGACGGUCCUGGCCUUCCUCUUGGCUCUGUCAUGCGUGCGGGAACGGCGGUUCUUGGCGGCCAACGCGGCCGUGGGGGUGAACUGGGGCACCCUGUCGUCUCACCGUGCGCCGCCGCCGGUGGUGGUCGACCUCUUGCGGGCGAACCGGAUCGGGAAGGUUAAGCUCUUCGACGCCGACCCUGGCGUGCUGAGCGCGCUCGCACGCAGCGGCAUCCAGGUCAUGGUGGGCGUCACCAACGGCGAGCUAGCUGGUAUCGCGGGGUCGCCGGCGGCCGCCGAUGCGUGGGUCGCGCAGAACGUGUCGCGGUACGUCGGCCGCGCCGGCGUCGACAUCCGAUAUAUUGCUGUGGGAAAUGAGCCUUUUCUGACAAGCUACCAGGGUCAAUUCCUGUCAUAUGUUAUUCCAGCAAUGACAAACAUCCAACAAUCACUGGUGAAGGCUAAUCUUGCUAACUACGUGAAGCUAGUAGUUCCUUGCAAUGCUGAUGCAUAUCAGAGUGCUUCUGUUCCAUCACAAGGAGUAUUCAGGACUGAACUGACGCAGAUAAUGACACAGCUUGCCACUUAUCUCAGUUCCAAUGGAGCUCCAUUCGUGGUCAAUAUCUACCCAUUCCUCAGUCUUUACCAGAACUCUGACUUUCCAGAAGAUUAUGCCUUCUUUGAAGGAUCGACCCAUCCACUUGUAGAUGGCCCGAAUGUGUAUUAUAAUGCUUUUGAUGGCAAUUUUGAUACAUUAAUUUCUGCUCUGAGUAAAAUAGGCUUUGGGCAACUACCAAUUGCAAUUGGUGAGGUGGGUUGGCCAACAGAGGGAGCAUCAAGUGCAAACUUGACUGCAGCUAGGGCAUUCAACCAAGGACUUAUCAGUCGUGUUAUGAGCAACAAAGGAACUCCACUCCGUCCUGGUGUAUCUCCGGCUGAUGUCUAUCUUUUCAGUCUUCUUGAUGAGGAACAAAAGAGUGUAUUACCUGGGAACUUUGAGAGACACUGGGGGAUCUUCUCUUUUGAUGGACAGGCUAAGUACCCACUUAAUCUCGGGUUGGGCAACCCAGUACUGAAGAAUGCUAAAGAGGUGCCGUAUCUUCCAUCACGAUGGUGUGUCGCAAACCCUGCUCAGGAUCUGGACAAGGCUUCAAAUCACUUGAAGCUUGCUUGUGACAUGGCAGAUUGCACCACUCUCUACCAUGGAGGAUUGUGCAAUGGCAUCGGGGAGAAGGGCAACAUUUCUUUCGCAUUCAACAGUUACUAUCAGAUGCAGAAGCAGGAUGCAAAAAGUUGUGACUUUGAUGGGCAUGGGAUGAUAACCUACCUUGACCCAUCUAUGGGCGAAUGUCGCUUUCUUGUUGGCAUUGAGGAUAGUUCAAGCUCUGCAGUUUCCUCUUGCUGUCGGGUCUUUUGUGGGGUUUUAGCUGUGUGGGUGCUCAUGUACCUUAGAAUGAUGGGUUCUGCCUGACGCUGAAACUGGUCCGUUUGCGCAUGAUGAUCACACCCUUGGGAAAUAGCCUGUAACUUCUAGAUUUAGGUAAUGAAGGCAUCAUUGCUGUAUAUGAAUCCUAGAUUAUUAUUAGAUUUAGGUAAGGAGACAUUUGAGUCAUAUCUACUAAUUCAUUGUUGAAAUUUCUAUUUGGAACCCUGAAGUAGUUCUCUGUCUGCCACCUGCUUAAUGGGAACUGUUUAGAAGACAAGAUGCACUGAAUAUAGUUUUGAUGUAGCACUUGAAUGAAUUAGUCAUUCUGAAGGAACCAAGAGAUGUAUUAUUGGUGAGUCAUAGAUCCUUACAUUGUCAUACAAGAACAGGCUGGGUUCCUAGAGAAUCCCCGCAAGUUUUCUCAGCUGAAGUAUUUACACUUGGAUUUAACUAUCAUUUAUGAAGAUGUUGGCAACAUUCUCUCUUUA